AUGUCAGCUGCUGUUGAUGUCAGACCUGAAAACACAGGAACAGCUGUGUCUCUCUACAUGGCGUCAACACUGAGGUAAUUUCCGCUUGGGCUUUCCGAGGUGAUAUUUGAAUCUCUCCUCUCCAGACCAGCGUGGGGGGGAGCAGGGCGGUAACAUGGCAGACCUGAGUCCCGGGGCGGUGGAUGGUGGCGGCAGAGCGGAGCAUCAAGCGGCCAUCAACAGCAUGCUGCAGGAGAGGAUGAGUACUGACAUCAGCGCUCUGAAGAAACAGUACUCGCGUAUCAAGAGACAUCAGCAACAACAGGCCAGGCAGCUGUACAUACACACAGAUAGAUGUCCAGCCACCAGCGUGUUAGCAUCUCAGCUACAUCCUUCUCCUGUCGUCAACCACCUGUUGCUAGGCAGGAAGCCCAGGAACAGCCUGAAACACCCUCCCUCCUCUCCGUCCAGCCUGCGAGGUGUCCCCCUGCCUCAGGCACAGUCCAGCCCUGCCACCCCUGGCCCCGCCCCUAACCCCACCCCUGGCCCCGCCCCUAACCCCACCCCUAGCGGGGAGAGGGGGAGGAUCAGACUGGUAUCUCAGGCUGAAAACUGUCAGAGCAGGGUGGGGUCCCCCUGGCGUGCCCACGUACGUGCCCACCGCAGGAACAUAGCCCGGGCACGGGUUCAGCUAGGGUUUGGAGACAUGGAGGACAGACACCCUCAUCAGACGGAGGAGGACAGACACCCUCAUCAGACGGAGGAGGACAGACACCCUCAUCAGACGGAGGAGGACAGACACCCUCAUCAGACGGAGGAGGACAGACACCCUCAUCAGACGGAGGAGGACAGACACCCUCAUCAGACGGAGGAGAGAGAAGGAGUGGGUGAGGGAAAGGCUGAUGAUGAUGAGGGAAGUCACCUCCCUGUGUCACCUGCCCAGGCCUCCAGUAAGGAGGUGCCAGCUGUGGUGGAAGAGGAGGAGCACCUGUUGUCUCUAGAGCUGGACUCUGGAUCAGAACUAAACCAGACCCCACCUCCACUACCCUCCUCUCCUAGAGAGACUGACCCAGACACACUACCCUGCUCUCCUAGAGAGACUGACCCAGACACACUACCCUGCUCUCCUAGAGAGACUGACCCAGACACACUACCCUGCUCUCCUAGAGAGACUGACCCAGACACACUACCCUCCUCUCCCACCAUCCCAGAGCUGCCUGUCCUGCCUCCUCUUCCUCGACCACCCUCAUCACACCACCACCACCAUCAACAGUCUGACCCUUCAAUCUCCUCUCAGAACAUCUACUGUGUGAGACUCUCUCCUGGUAGCCCUGUUACCCUCUCUAACCCCCUCCCCUGUUACCCUCACUAACCCCCUCCCCUGUUACCCUCACUAACCCCCUCCCCUGUUACCCUCUCUAACCCCCUCCUCCUGUUACCCUCUC